UCGCUUCUUCUGCUAUCGACCUGCAUCCUGGCACAGCAAGGCAAACAGAUCGUCCGCUAUGCCCGUUCCAGGUCUGAUUGGCGCUUUCGCCAAGGUUUACACCUCCAACUUCGAGAGGAGGCCGGUCCCCACUUUGAUGAUCACCAACGGAGCGCUUAAUAGUAUCGGAGACGCAGUUGCACAAACAUCGCAGAUCCUCCUCGCUCGGCCAUCGGUUCCUCAUCCCGAUACACUAGAGUUCCAGCCUCCUGCACCUACAUAUGAUCCUUACCGUACAUUGCGGUUCGCUGCGUUCGGGGUGGCUAUCGGUCCUCUGGUCGGAGUGUGGAUGAAAUUCCUCGAGAGGAAAAUCCCUCUCAAGGUCCCGGGAGGUAGCACGGGCGUACAGACCGCAAAGAGGGUGUUCAUGGAUCAAUUCGUGCUAGCGCCCUUCGGUCUGGCGCUUUUCGUUGCAGCCAUGGGCUACAUGGAAGGCCGUGAUACCAACGGAGUCAAGGACAAGUUCAGCGAUAUGUAUACCCCUGCUUUGAUUGCCAAUUGGAAAGUAUGGCCGCUAGUGCAAGCCGUCAACUUCAGGUUGAUGCCCCUUCCUUAUCGAGUUCCUUUCCAAUCUACAUGCGGCAUCGCGUGGACCGUAUACCUCUCCGUCCUAAAUGCAAGAGACGAUAUCAGACUGGACAAACCCACAACGGCAUAGUCCACAACUUUCGACCGCCUCGCACGAUCCGAAAGCUGUAUUUUUUACCUUAGAGCCCCGAAUGUCGGUUUUGCUCGCUCCGAAAGCUGCACAGCCUUGCCUUCGGCAUACAUUGUGCUCGCAUGUAUAGUCCGCAGAUGUGGAUA